CUCACGGUACUUUUCCUCCACCCCUCUACCACUAUCGCUCUGUCCGCUCGGGCGUCCCUUUUUCAUCCUUAUCGUCUCUCCUAAGCGAGGCAGCAAAGAUCCGAAGGAGUUCAUCGAGUAUGAACCACUACGCCGUGCAGAUGAACACUUUGGCUGCCUCCCGAGAUUAUCUCGCCGCCGGUGACCGUAAAUCACCUGUUCUCUGCCCAAAACCUCGCCGGCUCAGCCCUCUACUAGCCUCUGAGGUCGCUCGUCCCAUACGGUGGCAAAGCAGCCAUCAAGCGGAGCCCUGCAGUUCUAAGCCUGGUCUCGAUUUCCUCGAUUACUUUCUCCCAAAGGGAGGGGAAUCUUUAUCGAUGUCACCUCCGUUCUUCUGCGGCUCUCCGCCAAGCAGGGCGGGGAAUCCUGUGGUAGACGCCAGGUUUGGUGAAAAUCGAACAGUAGGCCCGCAUCCCUCACCCUUGCCGGCGUUAUCUAGCGGCUCCGCCACCGCGUCACCGAUGUCGCCACGCAGCUCCGGUAACUGUGCUCGAACAAAUAUUGGCUUGAAGCCAGCGGCUGUAAGGAUCGAGGGCUUCGACUGCCUUGAUGGAGGCCGCCGCCGUGGAUGCGGAAUCACUGCCGUUGCGUAAAAAUUUAGCCGGCGUUUUAAUCGCUCCGGCGAUCUUUUUACUUUGAUAGAAGUAGAAGGAUAGAAAGUAAGAAUAAAUUGGUGAAGGGCUUUGGGUGAGGAUGAAAUGUUUUCCUUGUUGUACAAUGAUUAAAAUCGCUGGGGCUCUGAUCUCCGUUCUCCUCUAACCUGUAAUUUUGUUUGUAGAUAUGAAUAAGAUGGAGGAGGAAAAGUUUUUUUU